GCCCGGGGCCUGGGAACAUUUCGCUCCCAGCUGCCGAGGGGCUUCGCUGCCGCCGCCCUUCCUUCGCUGAUUCUGACCCGGCCCGGGACGGCCCAGCUUGGCCGCGAGCGCGUCCGCAGUGGGCCAGCUUCCGGCCCCGUGAGUCCAGGAGAAAGUCGCCUGCCUCCGAGGGAGCCGGGCAGGAGAGCUGCCUCCCCACCGGCCGCAAAGGCCGCCACGCUGCCCCUCAGCCAUUUUUAGACUUUAAUUUUUUUCACUUUUCCUCGAUUCAGUGACUUUGGUUCAGCUUAGCCCUUGCCCCCUUUGGGUCCAGCUGCCAUUGGUGGAUCCUCAAGGGCUCUAGGAAGGCUUGAGGAUACCCACAGUCCGGUAGAAAUCUAGCCGGUUGUGGGAGCCAGUUCUUGCCGUACCGGGCCCUCCGUGUUUGGUAUGGUGAUAUGUCUACCAAGGUGCCCAUUUACCUGAAGCGGGGCAACCGCAAAGGGAAGAAGGAGAAGCUUCGUGACCUGCUGUCAUCAGACAUGAUAAGCCCACCGCUGGGCGACUUCCGCCACACCAUCCACAUCGGCAGCGGUGGCGAGGGAGACAUGUUCGGCGACAUCUCCUUCCUACAGGGCAAGUUCCACCUGCUACCUGGCACAGUGGGCGAGGGACCUGAGGAAGAGGAGGAAGAUGGCGCCUUCAACCUCCCCUUCCAGUUUGCCCGGACCAACACAGUCUGUGAGCCUCUGGGGCUGUCCGACGGGCACUCCCCUCUGCUCAAGAACGCCAUCUCCCUGCCGGUCAUCGGGGGGCCCCAGGCACUCACCCUGCCCUCGGCUCAAGCCCCGCCCAAGCCACCACGGCUGCACCUGGAGACCUCCCUGCCAACCUCCCAGGAGAACGAGGGCUUGCAGAUCUGGAGGACUCAAGAGACUUCCUCUCCCCAGAACGGCUUCCUGCCCGAGCAGGGCACCGAGGAGCCAUUCCUGUCCCAAGCCAGCUCCCUCCUUUCCCUGAAUGUGGACCUGGGCCCUUCCAUACUGGACGACGUCCUACAGAUCAUGGACCAGCACCAAGACGUAGACAGAGUGGAGAUCCCCACAUAAAGCCCCAGGACGGGCGGGACGGUGAAGGGGCAUUAGGCCCAGGGAGGCAAGAUGUGGAUGUGGGAUGGAUUCCCCAAGCCUUUACCUCUGGGAUCGGAGGGCAGAGCAUCUCUCGCUCUCGGUUCCCCCCCACUUUGUCUCAUGGGAAUAAUGUCCUUCUAGAGAGACCAGCAGAAAAGCACUUUGGGACAGCCAGGUGCCAGAAAAGCAGCCUGUUCUUCCAGAGAGUUCCUCAGCUCCAUUCUCAAGUACCCCGGCCAGCAAACUGUGGUUGGGGGAGACCCGAUUCUGCCUUUCCUCGGUUAGAGCCAGGAUGGCCAGAGGUAGUUGCAGGAUGGAGAAGGCUCCACAAAGGACUGUGGGAAUCCACCCGGGUCUGGGUAAAAGGGGGGGUACCCUUACUCUAGAUUCUAGUCAUCUCCUGGAAAAGACUCUGCAGGCAAUACGAGCCCGGCGUCAGCCCCUUUCCCUCCCCCUGACCUUGACUUAGAGUGAGCUGUGAAGGCAAUAAACCAUGCUGGAUUGGUGACAGCU